CGUCCCAGGACCUCCUCCUAAGACCCCAUAAGGCCCGUAAGGCUCAAAUAGGGCCCAAUGUCCGGCGGGUCCUGACAGACCGACCCUUCGGUGCAUUCUUAAACGAGUCCUUUGCGCAAGUAACGAUACGGAAAAUUGGGCCUUUACGCGCUUGGGAAUGUUCGCGAAUUCGUGAUCCGGUUCCUGGGUAGCGGUCGGUUCUGUGAAAGGAGGAAAAUAAAUCUCGGUCGUACUCAUUUUCCCGCGUGUUUUUGGCACCUUGGCAGUAGGAAGUACUCCAGAAAGAAUUUUUAGUGCCGGUGUGGUUUCGGUCGGAAGAGGGACCGUAAGGCGCUUCUAGAACGGAGACAGCGACGAGCUGCUUAACCGAGAGGCCACGGAACGCAGAGCUGGCAAUCACGAACCGGUGGCGGCCAUUUUUCAGGAAACGACUGAACUUCCGGAAGCCGCAAAAUGGGCAAGAAGGACGUCGAGGCGCAGGAAGCUCCUGCCGAGCCGAUGACGGAUUUUGGUAGCAGUGCCAAAAUAACGCCUGCUAUCAUUGGCGAAUUCGCGGAGAAGGAUGAGAUCUACAAUCCCUUCGAGUUCAGGGAUAAAAAGAACACGAACUCGGACCUGGGAUCUCUCGCUCAUCUCCUCAAGUCUUCUCUGGGCACCGGCAUUCUGGCUAUGCCGAAUGCCAUAAAAAAUGGUGGCCUGCUCUUCGGGGCUGUUGGUACCCUUGUGAUAGGGUUCGUUUGCGCCCACUGUGUUCAUAUACUCGUAAAGUCGUCACACGUUCUCUGUCGGCGGACGAAAACACCGAAAAUGACCUAUGCCGAGACCGCCUGUGCAGCCUUCCAGUGCGGACCGAAGAUCUUGAGGCCAUUCGCCAACUUCAGCAAGGUCUUCGUCAACGCGGCGCUCUGCGCCACGUACGUAGGCGGUGCCUGCGUCUACGUUGUCUUCGUGUCGGAAUCUAUAAAGCAGGUGGCCGACUACUACAGCGGGAUGAACAUACCAAUUAGAUUGUACAUGGUUACCUUGAUACCUGCCGUGGUGCUUCUCGGUCAGAUACGGAAUCUGAAGUAUCUGGUGCCGUUUUCCAUGAUUGCCAACAUUAGCAUAGUGAUCGGCUUCGCUAUCAUGAUGUACUACCUUUUCGAGGACAUAAAACCCAUCAGCAGCGUGAAUCUUGUUGCCUCCUUGCCGCAAAUUCCGAAAUUCUUUGCUACUGUCAUCUUCGCCAUCGAGGGAAUAGGAGUGGUGAUGCCUGUCGAAAACAGCAUGAAGAAGCCGCAUCAUUUUCUGGGGUGUCCAGGAGUGUUAAAUGUGACGAUGUCAACAGUGGUAGCAUUAUAUGCUAUCAUCGGAGUUUUUGGCUACCUCAAAUACGGAGAUGCUACGAAAGGAAGCGUCACCUUCAGCUUGGAGAUUUCAGACGUUCUUGGACAAGUGGUAAAACUCUCCAUCGCUUUGGCAGUUCUUUUUACCUAUGGAUUGCAAUAUUCAGUUCCCUUGGAUAUCAUUUGGUGCUCCAUGAAAGGAUGGUUCAGCCACCAGUACGCCGGGAUCGGCGAGACAAUUGUGAGAUUUUUCAUGGUCAUGGUGACAGUAUGUGUUGCGGCGCUGGUUCCCGAACUGGACCCAUUCAUUUCCCUGGUUGGUGCUCUAUUUUUCUCAGUACUUGGCAUCAGUAUUCCCGCAAUUAUCGAGACCAUUUCCUGCUGGGAUGGUCACUUGGGGACGUGCAAAUGGAGGUUAUGGAAGAAUCUCCUGCUACUUGUGUUCUCGGUGUUUGCUCUUAUCUCUGGAUCUUGGAUGUCGAUAAUGGAUAUUAUAAAUCUUUACAAGUGA